AUGGGAGGCUUGACAGUUACCAUCCUUUGUAGUAUCUUGUCUUGUGUUAAGUGCAGUUAUGAUGAAGCUUCGAUUGAUAUUGUGGCGGAUAUCAAAUCUGAAAGGGUUGUACUUCUUGGAGGAAAUGGUUUCGUUGGCUCAGCUAUCUGCAAAGCAGCAAUCUCCAACAGAAUCGAGGUUUUAAGUGUCAGCAAGUAAAAGAAAGAGAGUAUCAACACUAGUUCUGGUCAUCCCAACUUCCAAGAUUCAUGGUUGGAUCAGGUUACAUGGGUUACUGGUGAUGUUUUCUAUUUGAAUUGGAAUGAAGUACUUCUCGGUGCUACUGUUAUAGUUUCCACCAUUGGUGGUUUUGGAAAUGGAGAACAAGCUAAAAACUUCUAGUCAUCAUCUUCGUUGUGUUUCAUUUCAGACAUCUCUUAUCGUUGUGCAUGGGUUCUUAAGUUUGUCUUGCUCACUGUUCACGACUACAAUCUUUCGCCAGUUGUUCUAUCCAGCGGUUAUUUCACCGAAAAACGUAAUGCAGAGGCAGAACUUCUAUCCAAAUAUAACUCCGGAGUUGUGUUGAGAUCAGGUUUCAUAUACCGGAAACGAAAAGUGAAUGGAUUCGAGGUUCCGCUUGAUCUGGUAGGGGAACCACUAGACAAGAUUGGUUUAGAUGACGUCAACUGUGUUUAA